AUGUCGCCGGAGAACUACGGCUGCUGCGAUGCGUACGGUACUGGUGACUUCUUCUGCCCUACACAGCCCGGCUGUCAUCAGACACACGACACCUGCUUUCCGCGGAAGAGCAAGAUCGGGGGUGAAGGCCUCGAACAGCUUCGGCCGGAGCAGCGGGAGUUUCUACUGCACCGGGUGCGAGAGGAGGACUUGCGCAAGGGAGGCACCCUCAAAUGCCACCAGAUCGCGAGAGCGGUGGUAGCUUUUCCAACGAUGUCGCAGGUGCUGGAUGUUGGAGCCGGGACAGCGCCCUGCAAGCCAGUGAUGGAGGAUGCCGGGUUGUCGGUGUGCGGCGACCGUCCCCGAACGAUACUCAUGGCAGCGCGUCCUGAGAACAUCGAGGAGUGGUGUUACCUGGUUCCUCAUUUGCUCAGUCCAGCUGGUUGGCAUAGCAUCGCGGAGGCUGAGUCAGUCAGCCUCUCCUACUGCAGCUGUCCGUGGGGUGGAAGUUUGGUGAAGCUCACGGUGCUGGACGUGCAGGUGGCAGACGCCCCCGACGAUCCCUCGCACAUCUUCGUCCGGCCCGAGUCGCGCGCGUGGUGGGCUAAGAACUUCGCAGAAUCGAGCCCCGAGCAUUUCACAGUGAAGGAGCAGCUGGCACCGGGAGAUGCCAUAAUAUGCCGGUGGGCAUCCUGGAAAGUCUUGCGUGUCUUUGCCGUGCUCUUCGGCGAGAUCGGGACGGAGCUUCUGCAGACCCAUUUUUACGACCCGGCUGAGGCUGUGGAGCUUCACAUGCGCACCCAGCGCAAUUAUCCACAAACUGGCGACUGUUCUCAGACCAUCAUGAGCCCGUCGGAAGCCUUCGAAGCCAUCAACUUUUGCCGCCCACAGGGGGAGAAGGGGAUGUGCAACGUGUACCACAUCUUUCGGGUGUCCAGCGGCAUUAACCUUUCUAAGUGGGCCGCUGCGCAGCUGUACGGGGCCAUGGAAUCAGGUAGGAGAGUUGCACAGUACUAUCUGAAUCGGCCGGGAAUCAGCCAGCUUCGUGCAUUGGAUCAGCAGUUCUACGUUGUUCUGACGAUACAAACCUUCAAGCGGGGAUUCCCGUUAAUCCCUGUGUGCUCUGGUGAAGAACACGAAGAUGUCACGAGAAUCGAUGCGGGCAACCACUUGGGUUUGUCAACUUGGGUCCGCUAUGACCCCGCGAAAGAUGGCAUUGAUGGCUUCUACCUGUCCGGGUACAUGCAGGCCUUGGCAGAGUGCCUGGGUGAAAGCCUACAUUUUUACCAGUGUUUGGACGGAAAGGAGCUACUGUACUUCCAAUGCGCAGUGGCUCGGGAAGAAUGGUCCCGCGCUCAAGACCGCUUGAAAGAGGCGUACCUACUGCAGAAGACUGCUUACCGACGUGCCAAUGGCGGAGCGCAGGCACCAGGACUAAACGAGGCAAACACUCCGCGCUUCUGCAAGCGAGUCCGCCUUACCUCCCUUGAAGAGCGAAUCCAGGCCGACGCGGCAGCUCGAGCCGGCCAGCAGAAGGUACAGGUGCGCAAGACCUUCAUUGAGAGGGACGAGAGUGAACCCGAGGAGCAUUUUGAAGCUCGAAGCUUCAGACGUUGCCGGACUGAGACGCCUGCCACUGCAGUUCGCUAUGUUGGUCCUGGGGUCGCUUGA